AGGAGCGCGCCCGGCUCGGGGGGACCGGGGCUGCCGGCGCCGCGGGCAGCGGCUCUGCCGCGCUGCUCGCCAACAGCUUCCUGCCUUCUUUCUCUGCAGAGCCUUGUUUUUUAGUCUUAGUAUUAUAAUUUCUUUCGUUGUUUUUCGCGAGCGGGCCGGUGGCUCCUUGCCAUGAGCAGCCCGAAGGCAGCAUGAAAGCGGGCAGGCGCGGCUAUCCCGCCCGCUCCGGUGUAGGAUGGCUCCUGGCGAAGUGCUGCUGCUGCUCCUGCACAGACGCGUACUCAGUCUCUGCCAACGACAACGGGGGCAAGUCUGACUCCGUGGCCAACCUACAGCCUCAGCCAUCCCUCAACUCCAUCCAGAGCUCUCCGGGCCCCAAGCGCUCGACCAACACCCUGAAGAAAUGGUUGACCAGCCCCGUGCGCCGCCUGAACAGCGGCAAGACCGAGAGCCACAUCAAGAAACAGAAGAAGGUGCGGGAUGGCAGGAAGAGCUUUGACCUUGGCUCACCAAAGACUGGAGAUGAAACCACUCCUCAGGGAGACAGCGCAGAUGAGAAGAGCAAGAAAGGUUGGGGAGAAGACGAAGCAGAUGAAGAGUCUCACACUCCUCUUCCUCCUCCCAUGAAGAUUUUUGACAAUGAUCCAACCCAAGAUGAUAUGUCCUCUUCUUUGCUAGCUGCUCGACAGAGCUCCUCCGAUGUCCCAACUGCUGCGGAUCUUGUCAGUGCAAUAGAAAAGUUGGUCAAAACUAAGCUGACCCUUGAAGGAGGAUCUUACCGAGGAGGCUUAAAAGAUGCCACUGGCUGCUUGAAUGAAGGAAUGACGCCUUCAACUCCCCCACGCAACCUUGAAGAGGAACAAAAAGCCAAAGCAAUGAGAGGCAGGAUGUUUGUCCUAAAUGAGCUGGUGCAGACUGAAAAAGACUACGUCAAAGACUUGGGAAUUGUUGUGGAGGGCUUCAUGAAGAGGAUGGAAGAAAAAGGAGUUUCUGAAGAUAUGAAAGGGAAAGACAAGAUUGUAUUUGGCAAUAUUCAUCAGAUCUAUGACUGGCACAAAGACUUUUUCCUGGGUGAACUGGAAAAAUGUCUUCAAGAACCUGAGCGUUUAGCACAGCUUUUUAUUAAGCAUGAGCGGCGAUUGCACAUGUACGUGGUGUAUUGCCAAAACAAGCCCCGCUCUGAGUAUAUAGUAGCUGAGUAUGAAGCCUACUUUGAGGAGGUUCAGCAGGAAAUAAGCCAACGGCUGACCAUCAGUGACUUUUUGAUUAAACCCAUUCAAAGAAUAACUAAAUACCAGCUUCUUCUCAAGGACUUCCUGAGGUACAGUGAAAAAGCUGGUCUGGAGUGCUCCGAGAUAGAGAAAGCAGUGGAAUUAAUGUGCCUUGUACCAAAACGUUGCAAUGACAUGAUGAACCUGGGUCGCCUCCAAGGCUUUGAGGGCAAACUGACAGCUCAAGGCAAGCUGCUACAGCAGGACACCUUCUACGUGACGGAGCAGGAUUCCGGGGUGCAGUCGCGGCCCAAGGAGCGCAGGGUGUUUCUCUUUGAGCAGAUAGUUAUCUUCAGUGAACUCCUUCGAAAAGGGUCUCUAACGCCAGGCUACAUGUUCAAGAAGAGCAUAAAGAUGAACUACCUUAUCAUUGAAGAAAAUGUGGAUAAUGAUCCCUGCAAGUUUGCUCUAAUGAGCCGGGAAACAUCAGAGAGAGUCAUUUUGCAGGCAGCUAAUCCAGAAAUUAAACAAGCUUGGGUACAGGACAUCAACCAGGUCCUGGACACACAGCGCGAUUUCCUAAACGCGCUGCAGUCGCCCAUCGAGUACCAGCGCAAGGAGAACAGCUCGGCGGUGCUGCGGCCCCAGGCCGGCAGGGUCCCCCAGCCCAACGCCAGGCCCCAUUCCUCUAUUCCAGUAGGGUCUGAGAAGCCUUUGAAGGCUACGAGCCGUAACCCAUCUCUCCCACCCCUGAAGAUAUCUACCUCCAAUGGCAGCACAGGGUAUGAGCACUCACAGCCCGGAGACAAGUAUGAACAAAGCAAGACUGAUUUGGGAGGGUGCAAUGGGACCUCUUCCAUGGUGGUGAUUAAAGAUUACUAUGCACUGAAGGAGGAUGAGAUCUGUGUGAAUCAAGGAGAGGUGGUUCAGAUCCUUGCUAUCAACCAGCAGAACAUGUUCCUGGUGUACCAGCCUGCAAACGACCACUCUCCAGCUGCUGAAGGAUGGAUCCCUGGCAGUAUCUUGGCUCCCCUCCCUAAAUCCACUACAGAUAAUAGCGAUGGAAGCAUCAAGAAGUCAUGUUCAUGGCAUACCCUGCGCAUGAGAAAGCGGGCGGAAAAGGAGAGCAGUGGCAAAAAUGAAGCCAAUGGGCCUCGUAAAUCCAAGGAUAUUCUGGGGAACAAAGUCUCUGUUAAAGAGACAAACAGCUCAGAGGAAUCAGAGUGUGAUGACCUUGACCCCAAUACUAGUAUGGAGAUAAUCAACCCCAAUUUCAUCCAAGAAGUGGCUCCAGAGUUUCUUGUUCCAUUAGUGGACAUCACCUGCCUGCUUGGGGACACAGUGAUGCUGCAGUGCAAGGUCUGUGGGCGACCCAAACCAACUAUAACCUGGAAGGGACCAGACCAAAACAUUCUUGACAAUGACAACAGCACAGCCACUUACACCAUGUCAUCCUGUGACUCAGGAGAGCUCACCUUGAAGAUCUGCAACCUGAUGCCUCAGGACAGCGGCAUCUACACCUGUGUGGCCACCAAUGAACAUGGAACUGCAUCAACCUCUGCAACCAUCAAAGUCCAAGGUGUGCCAGCUGCCCCAAACCGCCCCAUUGCUCAGGAGAGAAGCUGCACCUCUGUGAUCCUGCGCUGGCUACCCCCUACCAGUACAGGCAAUUGCACCAUUUCAGGCUACACUGUGGAGUACAGAGAAGAAGGCUCGCAGGUCUGGCAGCAGUCAGUAGCCUCAACUCUGGACACGUACCUGGUCAUUGAGGACCUGUCCCCAGGCUGCCAGUACCAGUUCCGAGUGAGUGCCAGCAACCCCUGGGGGAUCAGCCUGCCCAGCGAGCCCUCCGAGUUCGUGCGGCUCCCGGAGUACGACUCUGCUGCUGAUGGUGCCACUAUUUCAUGGAAGGAAAACUUUGACCUUGCCUAUGCAGAGCUGCAUGAGAUUGGGAGGGGUCGAUUCUCCAUAGUAAAGAAAUGUGUCCACAAAGCCACCCGGAAAGAUGUUGCUGUAAAAUUCAUUAGUAAAAAAAUGAAAAAGAAAGAGCAGGCAGCACAUGAAGCAGCUUUGUUACAACACUUACAGCAUCCUCAGUACAUCACUAUCCACGAUACCUACGAGUCUCCUACUUCUUACAUCUUAGUUUUGGAACUGAUGGAUGACGGCCGUCUCUUAGAUUAUCUGAUGAACCACGAUGAGCUUAUGGAGGAGAAGGUGGCCUUCUAUAUAAGAGACACAAUGGAAGCCUUGCAGUACCUCCACAACUGCAGAGUGGCUCACUUGGACAUAAAGCCAGAAAAUCUGCUCAUAGAUUUGAGAAUCCCAGUGCCUCGUGUCAAGAUCAUUGAUUUGGAAGAUGCAGUUCAGAUCACAGGUCAUUACCAUGUCCACCACCUCCUUGGAAACCCGGAGUUCGCAGCCCCUGAAGUUAUCCAAGGCCUUCCUGUCUCCCUGAGCACGGAUAUCUGGAGCAUUGGGGUCCUCACCUACGUCAUGUUAAGCGGUGUCUCUCCGUUCCUGGAUGAAAGCAAAGAGGAGACUUGCAUCAAUGUGUGUAGAGUGGAUUUCAGCUUCCCACACGAAUACUUCUCCGACGUGAGCCACGCCGCCAGGGAUUUCAUCAACGUUAUCCUCCAGGAAGACUUCAGGAGAAGGCCAACAGCAGCCACUUGUUUACAGCAUCCGUGGCUGCAGCCGCACAAUGGCAGCUAUUCCAAGAUCCCACUGGACACCUCCCGCUUGGCGUCCUUCAUCGAGCGCCGCAGGCACCAGUACGACGUGCUCCCGGUGCCCAGUGUCAAGAGCUUCCUGCUGAGCAGGAUGAGCCCGGGCACGUAGUGCCUCCAUCCAUGGCAUCCUCCGCUGCUGCUCCUGAGCCCGUGCCGGGAGCGCCGCCGGGAGCGCGCGGAUCCGUCUGUACAUAUCCUGUGUUCGGCGUUUGCAUUUCACCAACUGCAGGGUGGGAAUCACUGCAGACGUGGCAAUGGGACCCAGGCAAAGGGGGUGACAGCAGCAGGGACACGCUCCCUCUCUCGGGGCAUGUGAGGGACACAUCCACUGCCAAAAAAGGACUGCAGGAAGCAAACACCAACUGGGAAUGAGAGCCAAAAUUGCAGUUGCCUUAAUCUUUGUGAGGCAGCCUUAUAAGAAAUCCUCUUGAUCUUGCUGAACUGAAUUCAAAAUGUACAAAAGACUAGAAGUAGGAUAGUGGGGGAGAGUGAGACCAGGCUGACCUUAGCACGUACUGUAGAACUGGACUGGUCAGUUUUUGCUGAAAUCAUUGCAAGCCUGCUCCAGGUUAUCAGUCAGAUUCCUCAUGCCCCAUCUGCCCAGGUCUGCCAUGAUCUCAGUGGGGACUUUGCCUGCACAGGACAUGCAGGAUCAGGCUCCAGUCACUGCUGGAUCAGCUCCCAUGGUGGCGUGGCUUAGGGAACACUCGGGUUGCGUGGCAGUGCUCAGACCAAAAUCCUCCAUGAAGCCCCUCCUUGGGCUUUCUGCUGUGUUAAGUCAACGUGCAGCACCUUUCAGAGCUACGAUUAAGGCAAUGAAUUCACUGGAGCAUACAGCUGGUUCUGAGUAAGCACAAUGGGACUACGGUGGGUUUUUUAAAAGCAUUUUAUACACAUUGUACAGAAAUCUUUUGCAAAACCUGUGCAUUGAGAAAAGGCAGAGUCCAAUUUUUGCAGUAUCUGUAAACUAGAUGAUGAUGGUGAUGAAGACAAUUUUUUCUAUCACAGGUUUUCAGUAUACAUAUAUUGUAUCAUAGAUAUAAAUAUAUAUAAAUAUAAAGGAUCCUGCUCCAUUUCUAGCUUCAGAAUUGCUUGGCCCAAAGUCCAUCUAAGCCUUUCAGAGUGCAGUAGGAGUGGUGAGUUCAUUCUUGUGCUUACAUCUUGAAAAUCGUUUUCAGUGUUUAAAGCAUGUCAUUUGUUUCAUUUCCAAACUUGUAAAUAUCUCUCAGCCACCAUUAGCACCUCAUAACCAAAGCAUUCUUGAGGAUAUUUUUAUGUCCAAAGCCUAAUUUGUAAUAAAAAAAUAAUAUUCACAAUUAAAACAUUUCUCUCUUGCAAGCCAAGUUGCAACAUCAUCAUAUUGAUGUUACAGUGACGGAGCCAGCCUUAAGUAUAACCAACAUAGGGAGUCUGCAGUGACAAAUCAGCAAUUUGUAGGUUGGCCAAAUCUUCCUUUCUAGAAAUGGGACUGGAAGGGGAAGUCAUCUGGGGCUUCCCCAUCCUACUGCCACACCACGAAGCUCUACAGCCUUGUGGGGUUAUAAUCAAAGAGAUUUUUUCCCCUGGCAUGUAGGGACUUUGUCUUGGUGCUGAGUAGCAUUUGUGUAUCUGUAAUGGGAAAUGGCAGUUGUUACCAAAGGUUUUCCUAAGGAAAAGGGCUUGAUCUGACCACGUGUGCUCAUACAGACUCUCUGGCAAGGGAGAGAGUCAAAUCUCAUUUACCAUCUGAGUAACUGCACUGUGAGACUGCAGGAGCAAGUGCUGUCUCUGCCAGUGGGGGGUGGAGAUACCCUGUAAGUACUGUUAAAUUCUCAGGGCUCUGAUAGCCCUUUUUUGAUCCACCUCCAACCUCCCUUUCACAGCAGGGAGGAGACCUGGCCCUUCUCUUUGUGCUCACUCUAUCACCACACCAGAGUGGUCAGUAUUUUGUUAGUGGAGAAGAGGCACAGCAAAAACCCUCAGUGCUCAACACUGAGUGUGUGCAACAAAGAAAAGCCCUUGAGAUGGGGAAGACACGGGCAGAAGGGUGAGCCCAGGCACCUCAGCAGGGUCAGCAGCAGUUCUGUGAGAGAUCUAACACAGGGAGGGAGUGUGGAAAGGUUUGAAAGAGACAAGUGUUCACAGAAGGUUAAGCUUUUUGAAAAUCAUCUAGAACCUAUCUCAGUUCCUCUCUAGAGCAGCAGCUGAUUUUCUAAGCAAUCCAGCAGCACCUCUUAGAUAAAGACCAGACUCUCAUCCUGAGCAACAGUGCAAAGUAUGCAAUUUCUUACCAACUGAAUACAGACAGCAGUCAAGGGGGGGUCUCUAAUUACCACCAGCCUCAGGUACUUUCUCACUACAGGACUGUCUGUAAUUCUUCCUAUUUGUCAAAGCUGGCUCUUUGUGCUGUGAUUGUGCUGCCCUUAAAAAAAUGUUUGUGGAAGUGCGGUCUGUAAAACCCACAGUUUUUAUUAGGCCCAUGGGUACAGUUUGAACCACAGGCUUUCUGCUUGGCAUUAUUACAAACAAAUUCUCGUGUAUCACAUGAAAUUUGGAGUUAUUUAACAUUUUGUUUUCCUACAUCCUGCAUUCAUAUGUCAAACUACAACAGCAGACCCUUUGAAUGCACAGGGGGAAAAAGCUGGACUGUUUAAGGUAAUAUUUAAGCCUCUCAUUGCUAUCAAGUAACAGAAAAGAAAACCCAAAGGGCUGAAAGAGAGACGAUAUAUGAUUAGGUACUGGUGCUCAAAUUCAAAAAAGACUCCUUGUUGAGAGAGCUGGAGGUGCUGAAUUCUGAAGAUGUUGAAUGUUCUGGGGUUACUUUCUUUUGUGGUUUUGCUUUUUCCAUAUUCAUGUUAGAAAACCUCUUCCUGGACACCAUUCUUCUUACAGCCCAUUCAGGAAUACUUGAACCAGUUAAAACUUCCAUAAAACAUUUGUGAUUACCAACCAUUCUUGCUUUUGCCUGAAUAAUACCAAGCUGACAUGUAAUAUUGCCAUUUGAUAAAUGCAGAGAAGUAUCCUGACUUUGCUCUUUCAAAGUCUUUUUCAGCCAACCUGUGGUGCCUCUGCAGAUGCAACAGGUCCUGUAACUCUUGUUGAAAACUAUAACUGCAUUGUAAAGAGAUUACAGAAGCUGAGUAAGUAGGCCUGGAGUGCCCCUGCUGAGUGAGAAGCCCCACAGCCAACCCCCUGUGGAGCAUUCUCCGCUGACUGGAUUUUUUUAGUGCAUGAAAUACUGUCUGUAACAAACACAGUUUCUCAGUGAAGCUCCCCAGAGAAUAUCUGACCCCAAGGGGAAGAUUUCCACCUGCAGCUGUGUACCACUCAGGGUGCUCCCAAGAUGGCUUGAAAGUGUGGUGGUAGCUGCACCCUUUUGCUUCUCCAGCAGCUUCCAGCUAUCCAGGAUGACCAGCAGGAAUCCUGACAGCAGUGCACCACAAGCUCUGUGUGGAGUGGCACUGUGCACACAGCCACUGCCAUCAGACAUCUCCACAGUGCUCUUACCCUGCUCUGACAUCAAAGUGUGGCUCACAGUGUCCUCAGGUGCUGGGAGACAGGAGGGCAACAGCAAUGGUGCUGGUGACACAGAGCCCAGAGGACGUGGUGACAUGGAGGGCUCCUUAUUUAAGAUGGCUUCAUUUAAUGAAUGUGCAAUGAGCAAUUAACUCACCUCUCUCUCUGCUCCACUUGGAGCAGCCAGGCCAGGGCAGGAAUUCUGCUGGCUGGUGUAAAGUGCCAGCCCCCAUCAGGUGUGGCUGCCCUGGGGGAGGCCCCACACACCCCCAGGAUGCCAAGCCCCCGUGCAUGGCACUACUGGGGUGACACACAGCCAGCCCAGGGCCGAAGACUUCAGUAUUUUAAAGCAAUCCAGGGUUUAAAAUUUAUAAUAUGUCUCUCUCUUCUCAGUGAUGCCAACAAGUUUCAUUUAGUCUUACUGCCCUUUCUUUUAAAAAAACUAUGGAUUGGGUUUUUUCAGUAGCAUGUAUCUUUUUACUUCUAAGUUAAUGCUGAGACAAAGUCUGUGCCCUCAACUGCCCCUGAGGCUGUGGCUUCAUGGAGGCCUUUGGCAUUUCUGACAAUGCCAUUAGGCCUGUGCUACAGAUACUGUGCAUAAAGGCUGAAUGCAGAACCACACAAUAUAACCUGACUAUAUAUAACCCUAUUUGAAUCCCCUUGCCAUGAGGGGAGACUGUGUCAAGUAACCUAGGAUAAUAUAAACUUCAGAGACAGAUGUAAAGGCUUCUCUGUGCACAUAAAGGUCUAGCAGAAAAUUUACAUGCACAGGGGCUCACCACCUUUUUUUGUUCUUGUUCCUUUCCCAGCAGAGGUGGAUUCUCUUCUAACACAGGGCUUGGGUUUAUUUUUGAGGUCAUUCACUCAUGUCCCAUCAGAAAAUGGUGCUUUCCCAAGGAAACAAAGUCAAAUCCCAUUGUACUAGGCUGACUGCACACUGCCAUCAAGUGAUGUACUCUCGUUCUGGGAUCUGUAUAGUGCUGAGUGUUUCCAUAGCGUCAGGAUGCUGAAUGUUUGCUGUAACUGUAGUCUUUAUUAUGGAGCUAGUGAAAAACCAACAUCUUCUCUACUCAAGCCAUAUUUCACCUUCAUGUCCAACUUCUGAUGCUGGUGCUUUUACUUCUCUUUCUACCAAACUGUUCAACACUGCUCUGCCACUAGGGUCAAUUUGCUGAUAACUUUUGGACAGCAAAUGCAAUAGCAAGUGCAAAAAAAAGAUCAAUCUCAGACUUAGUCACCAAGAUAAGAGCAAACAGUUGGAACGUAUUGAUGCUUUUCAAUCCUAGCAACAAUCCACUGAAGGAGGAAAAAAGAAACAGUAUUGCUAACAGCUCAGCAUUUUCAAGGUGCAAAGUAAUUCCACAGCCUUAAUUAUUUCAGUGUAUUGCUGGUCUGCCUUAAAUGUAUCUUCAGUUUUAUUGCAGAAUUCAUUUUGUAUGCACACAGUGUUGGUUUGUAAAGGCAGGUUUGUAAAUAUUUCCUUUGUAAGUCUAACCACUCAUGUGUACUGUUGUGAGGUGACUACUUGCUGUCCCAUGUUGUUGUUACUAUUCUGCAGUAUAUAUGAUCAUCUACAGAUGUAGCUUCAACCUGUACAUCUCCUGUCCUUGCAUUCCCAUAAAUAGAGUAUACUCAAGACUCCAUUUCUGGGCUUUUUUGAUUAAAUAAAAUUAUUCAGAGAA